AUGGCAGUGCAGAAGUCAUUGGACAAACUGGCUGGAGGAUCUGCUGUUGAAUGCCGCGAUGGACUCGUCGGUCUUUUGAAUGCUAUUCAAAAAGGUCCAGCAGAAGAGACUGAAUUGGCUGCUGCUUCAAUAUCGCAAGUCCUUGAGGCCUUACAGCAACACUUGGCUGACUCAGCAGUGCAACGUUGGGGUGCAGCCACUUUGGAAGAGCUCUUUCGGAGAUCUGCCAUCCGAUCCGACAUGGCUUUCCACGCCACUUCAGCUCUGGUUUCGGGAGCACAGGCAAAUCUUGAAGCCAUUGAAGUUCAAAGAUGGUGCUUUAGUGCGCUCGCUUGCUGUUUGACAGUGGGCGAAGAUGAUUCACCAGAUAGGAACGUUCUGGCAGUCCACAUGCUGUCUCAGGAUACAAUGAGUGUGAUUGCAAAGUCAAUCCGCUUGCAUUCCACAUCUCCCUCCUUGCUGGAUUGUGCUGCCUCUCUUGUUUGUUGCAUGGUGAUGGAGGGCGGCGAGGCUGUUGCUGAUGAAGCUUUCCAGACUGGAUGCCUACGUUUGAUCUUAUCAACUCUCGCGGCGACUCUUGACAAGCCCGGAGAGAGCAAUUCACUGACCGCGGAUGCGUCUUUGCAGCAGGCGUGCUUGCGAGCUCUCUGGGCUAUAUGCGAGUCCAACGGUGAGCUGGGAGCUACUGAGAUAGCAGCCGAUGAUGGGUUUGAAUCGAUCAUCUCAAUUCUGGCUCAAGACCAGGGCAAUGCUGAAGUGCAUAAGUGGUGCGCCAGCCUUCUUCAAUCCCUGCUUGCACAAGGAGGUGACCUGGUAGCAGAAUCGGCCAUGCUGGCCAUGGCAGCUGAAGCGCUAGUCGCAUCGAUAGCCAUGUUUGGGACAGAUCUGGAUGUAAUAGAGAGAUGCGCUGCUGCUCUGGCUACUUUGGCUGCCUAUGGUCCUGAUGCAGCUGUGUCAGUCUUAGAAGCUGGAGGUCUUUGUGCAGUUGAAGAAGCAGCUGACCUUCACGGCUUGGAUGGAGCGUUGGGUCAUUGGUAUCAUGCACUACAGGAAGCCAUAGAACACUGCACCGACACGGAUGAGGACGUGAGCCCAGCGGGGGUGUGGGACAUCUCCGAUGAAGAUUUCGGCUUGGAGAAUAUUGAUCGCCUUGCCGCCAAUGAUGACGAGACCUCAGAGGAAGACAGUGACGAGAUGGUGAAGCAUGACAUUUUGAUUCACAAAUGGUGUCAGAGGCAGCUGGGAGAUCUUUUGAGCAAACUCUCCUUGGAGCCGCAAGCUGCACCAUUCUUGGUUCCAGUUGACUGGGAAACACUUGGCCUUGAUGACUAUCCAGAAAUCGUACAGAACCCGAUUGACUUGCAUACAAUCAGAAAGCGCUUGGAUGCCUCAUCGUAUGAUGAUGUGGAUGGGCUAGUGGACCCUGAACUCUUCUUCAAGGAUGUGGCACUUUGUUGGGACAACUGUCUUGACUAUUUUGAGAACGAUCUUGAAGUUGAAGUUGUCCAAAUGGCAUUGAACAUGUCAUCAGUGGCCAAACGGAUGGAAGAAGCUUUCUGGGCUGAUCUUGCAGCAUUCGAAGAAUCUGUGGAGAAAAGACCCUUAACAACCAAAGUGGCCUUGGCAGCAACUAGAAUGGGAGAUGCCGCAAAGAAAGCCGCCAACAAGAGUCAGAGAAAGACUGUGGUCUUCGCAAACGACAUGGUGAAAUUUGCAGCUGAGUGGUGGCAGGGACAGCGGAAAGAAUCUCCAUUCUGGAGAGAUGAGAAGGAGUUCAAGGAGCACUUAGUUGGAUUAGUGUGGCCAUCACGCUUCAAGCGGGCCAUCGCCGUAGUUCGAGAGACAGUUCGACGGGUUCCCCUAUCUCUUCUAGGUUCGGAGCAGGCGGUUCAAACCUUCGUGAAACCUUUAGCUGAGUCUAUUUUGCGGACCGUGUCGUCCUUGUCUAUGCCGUCUGGAGUUCGUGUCCUUCGCGACACCAUCGCCGACAUAAAGGGUGAGUGGAUCUUGCCUGAAAACUAUGAGCUCCAAAAGCCAAAUUCUCACACAGAGAGCAUUUUGGUUUGGGCUCAUGGAGGUGGCUUUGUUUUGUGCUCUCCGGCUACACAUCGCUUUUUCCUUGCCAGGAUAGUCAUGCACACUGGUGUUCCCACCUUCUGUGUUGAUUUCCGAAAGCCGCCACGUCAUCCCUUUCCUGUUCCACGCGAUGACAUCCUCAGGGUGUACAAAGGCAUCCUAGAGCUGGGAUAUGCUGAUGCAGUCUUUUUGGGUGGCGACAGUGCGGGUGGAAAUCUGGUGCUAUCUGUAACCAAGGAGCUUGCUGAGGGCAUGGAUGAAUCACCCUGUGGAUUGUCCUUACCACCUCCUGAGGGGCUGAUUCUUCUCUCACCAUGGGUAGAUCUCUCGGACACAGAUGGUGAGUCAUGGCAGAAAUACGCAGAUGUGGACUACAUUCCUUCAAGACAUGCCGAGGUCAUUGCUGGAAUUUACGCCAAAGGCGUUCCGUUGCGAGAUUCUCGUGUGUCGCCAGGGCGUUGCAGAAGUUGGCCGCCCUGCUUUCCGCGGACAUUGCUGGACUAUGGGGGCUGUGAAGUCUUUCGCACGCAAAUUGAGAGGCUGGCAGAUAGUAUGAUGCAUCAUGGUGUGGAGCUUGAUGCGACUGUUGAGGAUGGCAUGGUUCAUUGCUACCCUCAGCUCGAGUACCUAUGGGGUCCAGAUCCUGAUGGGCCGUUUGAUGCUUAUUUUAAGCGCGUGUCCACCUUCAUGGCGAUGAAGCUUCGCCAGCAUUUGCAGCCGCACCUGGUAGCUGAGUCAAGUGAAGCCACAAAAGCCGGAAACAAAGUGCUUUGGCUUUUGCCAGCUUCGUCUCAGCAAAAGGUGGCCGGAGCUUUAUGGAAAGAUGCACGGCAACAGCUGUUGUCAUCCGAGAAGGCCUUACGUUUGGGAAAAGCUGAUCCGUCAGUUCUUGCGCAGGCUGCACGUUCGUUGCUAUCCGUUGCCGCACUCUCUGUCGAGACAGCUGCUGGGGAUGCAGAGGCUGCGUUGAGGGCUUUGACCCGGCUUUGUGCAGGUCACUCAGAAGAGCUCUCCUCUGCGCUCUCAGAUGCAUUGCCAGUCCUUUUGUGGCUCGUGGAUGCUACUGGCGCCACGGGGAGGCAACGAAAAGCGGGAGAGAUCCAGGGAGGAGUUGCGAGAUGUGAAGGAUUGCCUUGUGGAGUGCUUGACCCCGACUUUGCGGAACCUUUAGAUGGCAAACUAAGUUUGGACCGGGGAUUUCGGUACACUUUGGAGCUGGACUGUGAGGAUGAGUCUCUGAACCUAAGCCGGGUUGUGGGCUCGGUCAGGUGUGAGCCCCGUGACUGCUUAAGUGGUUUUGGUUUCGCUCUUUUGGAAGCAGAGCUGUCGGGUCAAAGUCGAAAAACAUCUGAAGAGGUUCGGACCCUCGUGUUUCCAGAUGAAUCCAGCCGCAAUGCCUUGCUGGCUUUGCUUGAGCGGUUGCAGACAGACCACAGAUCCUUUCGACGUCGAGGCGCUUCACUAUUGACUUGGCUUCCAGCCGGCUGUGUUGCCGGAUGCCUCCCUGGGUGCAUGGCACGGGCAAAGCCGCCAGGCGUCCCUCAUGACGCGUCGGAGAAUUCACCCAGACUUGCCAUUCGUUCUGAAGGGUCCAUUGGUCGUCAUCGUCCAGAUGCAACCGGGGGUCAUUUGGAGGAGUUCAAGGCGUACGCCAGGCAGCUGUGGGAUCGUCAAUCAGCUUCCUCUUCAAUCCGCAAAAGUGGCAGUUUGGGCGAUCUUUCCAGCGCACUUCGCCAGUAUGGGCGGAGGAAAGAGACGAAGGAGACCAGAGAAAGCAGUGACACAAAAGAAACACGGCCCUCCACCGUGACGGCACAGCCAAAGGCAAAUAAAGACAACCUCUCUGCCAAUGAAUGCGCGGGACUUCUACACAGGCUUCUUUUGCAGCCAGACGCACCUGUCCCUUCGGAUGGUCAGGCUGUGGCCGGAUUUGAACUGUUCCGGCUUACAACGACCUUCGAGGAAUUUUGGACGGUGCUGCAGCCCAUGCUCCUUGUGGAUCAACUGCUGGCAGAGCCCAAGCUACAGAGCCGCUUUGGUGAUGGAAUGCCGGUGAUGACGCUGGAAAAAUGGAGCUGGUUCUUAGUGCAGGUGCAGAAUGAAGAGCGAGGGGUGGUGGAAGCGGCUGCGUCCCAGCUGAAGGCUAUGGACUGUCCGUACAUCGACUCAGAUGGACACCUCACCCUGGCUGGCCUCUCCACCAGUCUCUGCGUGCAAGAGAACAGUGCAGUUCGACCAGAACUUUGUCAGCCAGGUUCCUGUGACAUGACGAGACCAAUGAAGGACUACUGGAUCGCCACUUCUCACCACAUCAUUCUGGAGACCCUCGAUGAGACUGAAUGCUCUCCUAUGGCAGAGGAGGGCAAUGACCUUGAACCCUUCACUCGCCUCCUACAAGAAGGGUGCAGAUGUUUUAGCCUUGCUCUGGUGGAGGCAACAGAACUCCAGGUGGUGCUGCAAAACAAGCGUGUUUCCUUCGCAGAUGUGCUUGAGCUCCUGGCCGUGGCAGGCUUUCAACAGUGCGAGUAUCCCAUUGUGCUUGUCCUGAGUUUGCAGCAGCUGGCUUCGCCUAGACAACGUGGAGAGGUUGCAGAAGUGGUGUUUGACAAACUGGGUGACCGAUUGUGGAGGAGCAGUGCAGAGAUGCCAUCCCCUGAAGAAGCCAAAGGUCAUGUUGUAGUGGUUCUUGCCCCUGGGUGUGAUAUGGAUCCUGGUCUCGACUUGAAGCCCAAACUGGAACGAGGUGGUGUGGGCUCGACAGUGGAAGACAGCGAAGUUGUGGAGGCCUGGCAAGAGGCAGCCAAACGUUUUGCCGUGUGGUGUGGCCAGGUGUUUGAUCGAACAUUUGCGCAGAAGCUGCCGGGUGAGAUCACAGUUGGAUUUCUGCCUUCGGAUGAACUUUGCAGCCUCGCAGAAUUCAAGCAGCAAAGCAUGUUGGAGUAUCAUCGGCAGUACCUAUCAUUGAGCUUUCCGUUGACUUUGCGUCACUCUCCGGUCAACUACAACCUGGCUGCAGCUUGGUCUUGUGGUGUACAAAUGGCUGCAGUAACUCUGGGAUGUGGAGGUGAUGGGUGUGAUGGCGCCAUGCUUGCGCAAACCGGCCUCUUCUUGCUGAAUGGCGGCUGCGGAUAUGUGCUGAAACCGCCUUUCUUGAGGAAUAGCGUGGCAACUGAGGGUCAAGCAGCUGCUGCAGCCGCACCACCCAAACCACUUUACUUGGAGGUACGACUUGUCGCAGCUCGAGCUAUACCUGGCAUUGAUUCCCCAUUGCCGAAGGGCUCUGUAGUCUUAAGUGCCAGCAUUUGGGGCGCCCCUCCUGAUUGCGCGCGCCAGGACUAUCAUCCAGUCAAAGCCUCUGGUGUUGUUCUCUACUGGCCAGAAGUUGCCGGACUAGGCUUCAACGUGGCAAACCCACAUACUGCGAUCCUUGUAGUGGAGUUGUUUGAACUGGACCAGUCUUUUGGAGGCUACCGGCGUAUCGCGUUUUCAGCAGCUGCGGUGCACGGACUUCGUCAGGGACUCCGAUGGCUCCCAGUGCUCUCCGCACAAGGCGGCAGAAGACCUACGAGCCACGGGGCGCUGUCGGGCAUGCUUGCACACAUCUCGCUGGUUGAAGGAGGCAGACGCGCAUCCCUGCAACGGGCGUCCCCACUCUGA